AUGUCAGCAAUGGAUAUCAAUAACAAAAACAAAAUCAAUACCAACAGUAAUGAAGCAUCACAAAGACCAGGAGUUGCUACAAAUUUUUUAUAUAAAAUAACAGAAUUAGCAGCCUACACUUCAACUUUAGCCUCUGAAACUUAUCAAACUUUAACUGAUCAUUCCAUUCGGAAAUUAAAUAACAACGACAACGAUAAUAAUAACGAUUUUGAACCUCCGCCACCAUACGAUAGUUCGUGGACUAUGCCACCACCAUCUGUGACUCCCAACUCUGGUAAAAAUUCAUUAACUGUACCAGCCAACAAUAAAAAUAAUAAUUGUCCUCGUCGUAAACCAAUACGUGUUCGUCGUAACCGUAGACCACUCCAAGAUGAUGUUUUCCAUAAAUUCAAUUAUAAAUUAGCAGAUAUGAUUGCAGAAGGUAAAGCUGCACUGACAAGCACAGUAGAUAUUACAAGAAGACUUACAAAUUCUUCUUCAACAUCAUCCGAUUUUGAAUAUUUUGGUUCAGCUCCAAUGUCUAAUUCUUUUGAUUAUGGAUAUGGUUUAGCUCAAAGUGGCUAUUCAUCACCAACAGGUUAUGAUUCACCACCAAUAGGAUUCUUUUCGGCUAACAACACUUCUUCUACUGCUAUAAACACCAACACUACCACUUCGUCGUCGUCAUCUCCUUUAUUAUCAUCACCAACUCUUGGAUAUUCAACGUUAGAUUUUAAAUUAGAUUAA